AUGGAAAAAUCCAACUUGUACGGCUACCCAGACAAUUUUUUUUACCCGAAUUCCGUCAGUUCGAAAUUGGUAGGAAUGUGGAUACCAUCCAAAGAUUACAGUCUGACCUUCCGUUUUUUUUAUAUGAUGUACGUCAUAAUUAUUUACGGAGAAGGCUCCAUAUUCUUACUUUGUGAAUUGUUGAUUUUCAAUGAAACUAAAAAGAAAGUGAGUAAUUUUAUUACUUACAUAGAAAUGCUUUUCACCCAUAUGGUUGGCGGUAUAAAAUUUUUCGUUUUGAUUUUGGGGCGAAACAGGAUUCGUAAUUUGAUGAAUUCUCUACAGGACGUACAUUAUUUUUACGAACCGAUAAAUGGGGUUUCCCCUGGUAAAAUAUUAUCCGAUGGUAAGAAUAUUAAUUCUAAAAUUUCUAAAUUGACAUUCGUUAUGUAUAUUUGUGUUGGUGUAUCAGCACACAUUUCCUCAGAUCUCAUUCUCAAUAACGAACUCAAAGGACAGUCAUUCGAAAAUUCGAAUAAAACGUGUGCCGAUUAUUUACCUUACUUUUUCAAAAUUCCAUUUUCUGUCAAUAUGAAGUGGCAAUGUGAACUGGCUCUAGCUCUAAUGGAUAUGGGUUUAAUAUGGGCUGCUGCUAUUAUAGCUUGUUACGAUGGUAUAUUCGUUGCACUAUUAAAUUGUUUGAGGUGUCAACUUUCUAUAGUUUGUCAUGUUUUUCGAUCUAUAAGACAGAGAAGUUUGAAGAGCCUCGGCCUUCCGGAAACGUACUCACUUUUAACUGAUACCGAAAAUCCUGAAUUGGAAAAGGAAAUAUAUAAACAGCUAUCACAUACCACGGAACAUUUGAAAAUACUCUUGAGGGCAGGAGAAGAAAUUGAAACACUGUUUACUUUCGUCACUUUGAGUCAGACAUUAGCGUCCUUAUUAAUUUUUGCAUCUUGCCUAUACAUGGCUUCAAGCGUACCAAUGGAUUCACCAGAAUUUUUCUCUCAGAUGGAAUAUUUCUCUUGCGUGUUAUUACAACUUAUGCUAUUUUGUUAUUUUGGGAACGAAAUAACAUCAGCGAGCGAAGAAAUACGAAGCGCCUUAUUUGAAUGUGAUUGGAUGAGCGGUAGCACGAGAUUCAAAAAAUCAAUCGUUUUAACAAUGAUACGCAUGCAACGCCCUCUAUAUUUGACUAUAGGAAAAUUUUCUCCACUCACAUUGAGCACCAUCGUCGCUGUCUGCAGAGGCUCGUUUUCAUACUUUGCACUAUUCAAAAGCGUCCAGGGAACGACAUAA